AUGGCAGACAAAGAUGCCAAGUUCCGCCUGAUUCUCACCGAGAGCAGGAUCCACAGACUGGCCCGUUACUACAAGACCAAGAGACGAGUCCUCGACAGCUUCUGCUUUGGGUCCUUUCUGUCCAGCCUGCAGGCUGAGGCGAUGUGUUGCGGAUUGGUGGACGACUUUGUGUCCCGUGCCAGGAUGGAUAGCGAUUAUGGACUUUACCUUGGACACCACCCCAGCUGUAAAAUGGGCUUUCCAGGUGACUGUAACCUGUUAGUGUGCAGCACUCACAGGAGUUCCAGCUUGGAUGAAACGUGUCGCAAGGAGAAAGCGUUUGACUUCAAAACCAAACAUGACAACCCCGAAGAGGAUCUGAGUGCUUACUGGGGGCCAGGGACUCCCGAAGGGCAUCUUCAGCGACCCUUACAACCCCUUCUCUUUCCCCCCCCUGCAAUUCAAGCUGCUCCAAUAUGGGGGAAACAAAAAAAUGAAGAUCAAGUUGGCGGCGGCCUCGACUGUAACUUGUCAGGCCGGCCGGGUGAAGAACUUCAAGAGACCCUCGGUGGCUUGAACAUCUGGACCAGUCGUUCAGAUAGCGAAAGCAGCUGGGGGAGUUCUGAUGGUUCGUGCGCAGACCUGGACGAAGAGGAGAGCAAGAGGCUCUGGGAGCUCUUCACCAGCCCCAUCGACCCAUACAACCCCCUGUGUUUCACGGCAUCUGUAGCCAGCUCAGUCCCUCACACAGACAAAACGCUUACACAGUCCCAGGAGGCUGAAAGGGCCUCAUGUUCUUCUGACACUGUUGACAGCGAGACCCCUGGCCCUUCCUCCUCUGAGGAUGACACAGAGGAGCAGCUAUGGAGGUCCCGCUCCCAAAAUGAAGACCCUUACCACCCUCUGAACUUCCGUGCCUGCCUCCAGAGCUCCCCUACAACCACAGAGCCACCUGCCUUCAGCACUGGAGACCCACUCACCCCACAGACCUGCCCCACACAGACACCACCCGGCCAGGGUAAACAGAGGGACGUUGUGGCCAAAAGCCUCCAAACAACCAGGCACACACAGCCUUGUCUACCGAAGAGACCGCUAAAGCAGCAUUACCACCCAGCUACUACACUAGUGCCCUGGAGGAGACCUGAAGCUAAAGUAACAGGAGGACAAGGACAACCUCAGGAGAAGUUCAACCACCCUCUGAAAAAGGUGCGGUUCUCACCACUUGUCCAGGUCCAUGUGAUGCAUACUUGGCCCUUUGCCCGGCAGAUGUCUCGCAAAGGACCAUGGGAGGAAUUAGCCCGUGAUAGAGACCGGUUCCGAAAGAGGAUCCAGGAAACAGAGCAGGCCAUUGGCUACUGCUUCAGUCAAUCACACAGAGACACGAUUCGGGCAAAUUUGCUAAGCACUUCAACAUCAGCCGUGCCACUGGUCCAUGAGCUCUAAACAUAAAUGUUUUACCGUACCUUCCUAAUGAGAACUUUUGAUUGGUUGCAAUGCGACAUAUGGUUUUAGGUCAAUUAUAAUGAAAAGAUGGUGGUCCUAGGCCAAUAGGAUUUGGCAUCAAAUUCUACCUGCACUGUACCUCAACACUGUUGCACUGAUUUUUUUUAUAUUGAAUAUAGUUAUUAACCUCAACAUUAAUGUAUGUAAUGUUCUUUUGUAUGCCUUACUGACUGACCCAGCAAUGUAAUUUAUUAAUGCCCUAUGGAGCUUGUUUAAAAUGUUUGAAUUUGUACCAGUUUGAAAUGUUUAUCUUAAUCCAGAUAAGUGGUGUAUUUAGAACUAGAAUAAUUUAUUAACAGAUGGUAUUUGUGAUCAUACUAUAGUUAAUAAACAUCCUGUUUGACACCAUAA